AUGUCUCGAGCGCUUCUCUUGCAGCUCCACCUCUGUGAUCCAGAUGGAGCGGAUGAACGCAAAAAGGCCUCUGAUUCGAAACCGAACCCUGCCCCCCUGAUCAAGCAUACCUACCACGAUGACCUUGAGUCGAUGUUCUACAUCUUCAUCUGGAUCUGUAUCGAAUUCAGAGGUCCGCUUGGCAUGAAACGUAUUCUCAAGCAAGGUCCCGACUGGAUACCGGGCCAAUGGUCCGCGGACAAGUUCAAAUUGUGCUGUGAUGCCAAAACAACAUUCUUCUGGCACACGGAGCACUACGUCAAGGAACUUACCGAGCAGUUCCAUCCAUACUUCAAAAAACUCCUCCCUGUCGCGCUGGAAUGGUAUCAUCUGAUGAGAGAACCGAGUAGGGUAACUUUCAACGACAUAAUCGGGAUGUUGGAGAGACAUAUCACGAUUCUUCCGAUCGAUGAGCCAUCGCCUGAGCUCCUCGUCUCACAGUGGUUACUCAAAGGGCUUAAUGCAGAAGGCUCUGGGAGCGGUGGCGAAGAAGGGGAGUCACAAUCACCCAUACGCGAGACUGCAGUGCCCCGGACACGCCUUAACAACAAGCGACUCGGAGUCACUGAUUACCGAUGGACAAUGGAAAUGGCACCCAAGGCAAAAAGGAGUAAGACUGGAUAG